AUGGCGGCCUCCAUCCGCGAAGGCGCCGAUGCGGCAUACAACGCUGCCCAGAACAUUUCCAACUCAUUCUCGCCGGAGGUGUCGACGGCUCCCCAGCUCUCCCUCAUCGCCACGCUCACGAACAACAAGCUGCCCAUUGUCCUGGCCAUCUUCGUCGUGUUCGUACUGAGCCAGAUCCUGAAGCCCAAUAAGAACAUUCCCGCUGGCGCGAAACCGCUCCCUCAGCAGUUGAGCAUCCCAUGGGCCGGACGAUUCUGGGAUGUGCCAUCGGAGGGCAUUGCGUCGGCAUGGCACUUUGGUGCUCUGCACAAGAAGCUCGGACCAAUCUACGCCUGGAAAGUCAUGGGUACCGUCCAUGUCUGGAUCGAGACCGACAAGAUUGCCCGCGAUCUCUUCGUGAUGCGCCAGCGUAAAUACUGCGAUCGUAACGAGCUCCCGGCUGCCGUUGGAAUCAGAGAGGGCAAGGAAGUGCUCCCGUUGAUGGGCUUCAGCGACACUUUCAAGCGAUACAAGAACUUUAUGCAUUUCAUCAUGAAGCACUCCGUGCCGAAGUCGUUCUACGGCUGGCCUGCGUCGGAGAACAAGAAGACUCUGAGGCGUCUGUUGGAGAACCCAGACCGGUGGUCUGAGCAUUUGAUCGUCCACUGCGCGCGAACAAUUGCAGGUGUGGCCUGGGGUGACCCAGAGCACGGCAAGAAGCUUUUGACUAUUGUGCCUGAGUUGCUCAAGGCUGUGUCUCCAGCUGGCCCCAUCAUCAACAAGCUCUCCUUCCUGUCGAAUCUUCCCUGGCAGAUGUCCGCGUGGAAGGUCAGUGAGACUCGCCGCAAUAAGGAGAUGAGGGAUGCAUUCUACGAGGCUCUGGACGAUGUCAAGGACCGAUUCAGCAAAGGCAAUGUUGAGGAGUGCUGGAGUUUGCUCUGGCUCACGGACAACAAGGGCGCCGAGGCGAAGAAGCUCGACUACCACGAAGCUGCACAUGCCAUUGGAUCCAGCGCUUUCGUCGCCAUUGCAACUAUCGGUGGCCCGCUCCAUGCCUUCUUCCUUGCCAUGUGCGAGAAGCCGCACUGGCUGCCAAUUCUCCAAGAGGAGAUUGACCGCGUCUGUGGCGACCGUCUGCCAGUUCAGGAGGAUAUGCCAAACAUGCCCAAGCUCCGCGCUACCGUGAAGGAGAUGAUCCGCUGGAGGCAGUCUACUCCACUUGGUGUGCCUCACUCCGUUUUGGAGGAUGAUGUCUACGAGGGCUACCACAUCCCCAAGGGUGCCAUUUGCCACGCCAACAACUACCUCAUCUCCCGCGAGCCCAAGCAAUUCCCUAAGGGCAACGAAUUCGUCCCCGAGCGCUGGAUCGACCCGUCUUACCCGACUUACAAGGAGCCCCUCUCCGAGUUUCCACACAUUCGCGGCGACAUUGCGUUUGGCUACGGCAUGCGUGCGUGCCCUGGCGUCGAUCUCACCAACGUCGAGCUAUUCACUCUCUUCGGCUCUCUCGCCUGGUCGUUCGACAUCAGCCCGAAGGGUGAGAUCCCAAGAUACGAGGUCAACCCGUACGUCAUUACGAUGACUUCGCCAUUCCCGAUCAACAUCACCGCGCGCAGCGAGGAGAAGAAGCGCUUCAUUAUGGACACUGAGGAUGCUGGUUACUGGCUUCACGACAAGAAGGAGCCCAACCUCGGCCGCUGGGACGCGAAGCUUGUCCACGAGGAUGACGGCGCGUUGUACACCUGGGAGGGCCUGACUACACCUUACCAGGCACGUGGCCAGCCCAAGGUGUAUCCCUCGAUCGAAACUGAAGGCCAAGAUUGGUAG